GUUGUUCUCCAGGUCCACCACUGAUCGAUCGAUCCUCAACCGCCAUGCCGUCCUGCGGCGAGCGCGCCCGGAGCUGUAUCGACAGGGAGUUGCUGCGAGAGUUGCCCAACGCAUGGCGUGUGGCAUAUUUCUUCUUUGGGAUCGCCUACAUGCUGAUCCUGGGGACUAGUUUGAUGAUCAAUCCCGUGACCAUCUCCACCUUCCUGGACUCGGUGGGUGUAGACCAGCAACCCUUGGCACAGACCUAUUUGCCGCUGGUGCUGUUGCCGGUGCUCUUCAUCUACAACUUUCUUUGGGCCGCCCUACAGAGUCCCCAAGGAUUGGUCUUGGUGGUCUGCGGCGUCUAUACGGUGCUCUACGUGCUGAUCGCCGUUCAGUCCUGGGAGCACGAGCAUUUGCCGAAUCGAUGGGCUUGGACACUCUUCUACGCCACCAACACGAAGUCGGUCUUAUUCCCCGUGAUGCUGUGGAGCGUGAUGAAUGACCUUUCUUCCACGAAGUAUUCGAAAAUUGCCUACCCUGCCUUGGUGACGGCCGGUCAAGUAGGAGGCCUUGCAGGCUCCCUACUGGCCACAGAGGUCUGCAAGGUGGGCGGUACCUCCGGUUUGCUCGUCAUGCAGGCGGUGGCUUUGGUGGUGAUUGGAGGAUUGGUCUGGAUCGCCUGUGUCCUGGCCAGCCGCGCGCCGGCCACGGAAGAUGCUCCGGCAGAGGGCUCGGCACGGGAGGCGUUGACCUCGAUGCAGCCAGUUGCAGAGCAAGCCUUGCGACUUGAAGGCGCAGGCGAGGCCAGCGUUGUGCCGGCACGGCCCAACGGCUGUGUGCGGGGCAUGCGCGCGGUGGUGCAGAAGCUCUGGGAAGCCGUGGAAGGAAUUAUCUUGAUCCUCACGAAGCCCUACGUGGCGGGGAUCUUCUGGGUGGCUUGCGCUCAUCUGGUGCCUCGAGUGCUGCUGGACUAUCAAGGCACGUCGCUCACGAACGAGCGAUGGCCAAAGUCGGUUCCUGGAAACAAGGACAAGCAGACCUCCUUCUUUGCCUGGUGCAAUGUGGCGAACACCGUCGGCACCGGCCUGCUUUCACUGUGUGGCUUGCGUAGCUUGGUGGAGCGCGGCGGCCUUUCAUUGACCUUGGUGAUUUUGCCCUUCGCCAUGUUGGGCUCGGUGCUACUGGUGUGCUUCCACCAUGAGUUCUGGACGGUGCAAGCGGUCCUGGUGCUGGUGAACGUGGUGCAGUACGCGCUCAAUGGACCCAGCCGAGAGAUGCUCUACGUUCGAACCUCCAAAGACAUCAAGUACAAGGCCAAGAGUUGGUCCGACAUGUAUGGUAAUUUCCUGCAGAAGUUCAUCGCUGCGCAGAUCAAUCUUCACAUCAAUCGCGAGCAGGAUGCUUGCCAACCUCAUUGCUUUAACGGCCUCUUCACCGGUGUCUUCACCACUGUUUGGGUGGCUGUUUGGGCCGUGAUCGCAGGCUGUUUGGGACGAAGACAUGCGCAGCUUGUGGAGAAGAACGAGUUCAUCCAAUGAGGUAGCAACAAAACCUCUGAGAUCUAGAGUAGUGAACGUGCUUGAGCAGUUGGCUCGCCAGAAGCAGUGCAAUUGAUUUGAACAGACAUGAAGAACUUGACAACCCCUAGUUCACCACUCGAUUGAAGACGAUGGGGAAAGUGGAGACAAGCUUUGCCAUAAUUUGCCAAGCCUUAGAGACUGUGUCUCUUUGGUUUUUGGUGCACGAAACGCACCGGUUCAGCGAAGACUCGGAAAACAUGGGCCUCCGCCAAGCUUGGAGGAACGAG